AUGUCAGAAAACAGGAAGCAGCCGCUGCUGGGCUUCGUGACCAAACUCUCCGGUGGAACUGCACCUGGCAACUCCGGCAAGACUCACUGCCCUAUGUGCAUGGGGCUUUUCAAAGCCCCCAGGCUCUUGCCUUGUUUGCACACAGUUUGCACCACGUGUCUGGAGCAGCUGGAACCCUUUUCUGUAGUGGAUAUGCGAGGGGGAGACUCUGACACAAGUUCUGAGGGGUCAAUAUUCCAGGAACUCAAGCCACGCAGUCUUCGGGGGCAGAUCGGCAUCCUCUGUCCGGUAUGUGAUGCUCAGGUGGACCUGCCUGUGGGUGGAGUGAAGGCUUUAACCAUAGACCACCUGGCCAUGAAUGAUGUGAUGCUGGAGAGUCUGCGUGGGGAAGGCCAGGGGCUGGUGUGUGACCUGUGCAGCGACAGGGAGGUGGAGAAGAGGUGUGAGACCUGCAAAGCCAAUCUCUGCCACUUCUGCUGCCAGGCUCAUAGGAGGCAGAAGAAAACUACUUACCAUACCAUGGUGGAUCUCAAAGACUUGAAAGGCUACAGCCGUAUUGGGAAACCUAUCUUGUGUCCUGCUCACCCUGCGGAGGAAUUGAGGCUGUUUUGUGAGCUCUGCGACUGGCCUGUGUGCCGGGACUGUGUGGUGGGUGAGCACCGGGAACAUCCCUAUGACUUCACGAGCAAUGUUAUCCACAAACAUGGGGACUCUAUAAGGGAGCUCCUUAAAGGCACUCAGCCCCACGUGGAGGCCUUGGAGGAAGCCCUGACUCAGGUCAGUGGGCUGAACAGCGCGCUGCAGGAGCGAGUGGAGGCUGUGGCAGCUGAUGUUCGAACCUUCUCUGAGGGCUACAUCAAGGCCAUUGAAGAGCAUCGAGACAAGCUGUUGAAGCAACUGGAUGACAUUCGAGUCCAGAAGGAAAACUCCCUGCAGCUUCAGAAGGCACAGCUGGAGCAGCUGCUGGCCGACAUGCGAACUGGAGUGGAGUUUACUGAGCACUUGUUGACCAGUGGCUCGGACUUGGAGAUCCUUAUCACCAAGGGAGUAGUAGUAGAACGGCUCACAAAGCUGAACAAAGUUGAAUACAGUGCCCGUCCUGGAGUAAAUGAUAAGAUAUGUUUCUCUCAGGAGAAAGCAGGCCGAUGCCGUGGCUAUGAAGUUUUUGGAGCCAUCAAUACCAAAGAGGUUGAUCCAGCCAAGUGUGUCCUUCAAGGAGAAGAUCUCCACAGAGCCCGGGAGAAACAGAAAGCCUCUUUCACCCUGCUUUGUAAGGAUGCAGCAGGAGAGAGCAUGGGCAAGGGAGGAGACAACAUUCAAGUUGCUGUGGUUCCUAAAGAUAAGAAAGAUUGUCCAGUCAGGACAAUUGUCCAAGAUAACAAGGAUGGGACAUACUCUGUCUCCUAUACCCCCAAGGAACCUGGGAUCUAUUCUGUGUGGGUCUGUGUCAAAGAGCAGCAUGUACAGGGUUCACCAUUUACUGUGACUGUGAGGAAGAAGAACCGCCCACACCAAGGGGUGUUUCACUGCUGUGCAUUCUGCUCCAGUGGAGGCCAGAAAACUGCUCGCUGUGCCUGUGGAGGCACGAUGCCAGGUGGGUAUCUAGGCUGUGGCCAUGGACAUAAAGGCCACCCAGGCCGUCCCCACUGGUCAUGCUGUGGGAAGUUUACCGAGAAGUCUGAAUGCACGUGGACAGGCGGGCAGAGUGCACCAAGGAGCCUCCUCAGGACUGUAGCACUCUGA